AUGACGUUAGAAAACUUGGACUUGAGCGAUCCGCGAUGGCGUGACGUGAAUGUGGUGUCAAGUUUCCUGAAGAUGUUUCUACGAAAGUUACCGGAACCUCUCCUCACCGACAAACUCUACCCGUUUUUCAUUGACGCGAAUCGGAUAGCCAAUCAUCACAAUCGCCUGCACAAAUUGAGAAAUUUGUUACGGAAACUACCGCGACAUCACUACGCCACCCUACGGUAUUUGAUCUUCCAUCUGGCUGAGAUUACGAAGAAUAGUGAAGUGAACAAG